UCCUUCUCGUAGCGAAUCCCUUCGGUUCGGUCAUCGAAACAAUGUUCCUGAACACAGCCGCCUCCAAAAUCCUUCAAAAAUGCCGCCAAAAAUCUCCGUUUUUCAUUCAGAAGUUCGGCUAUGUCGAUGUUUACAUGAAGUGGAAGAAAGAUUCAUAUUACGAUUCCAUCGAGCAUAUCACCAAAUCCAUUGAACUCAAAUCCAUUAUCUCUCUCAAAAACUGCAUCGCUCAAGACCCAAAUGGGUGUAUCCCAAUUUCCGCGGUUUCAAAGCGAGGCCUCCAAAUGGACAUCUCGAUGAAAGUUGCAAGGUUUCUAAGGCUUUACCCAUCAAUUUUUGAAGAGUUUACAGGUCCGGAACACAAUCAUCCCUGGUUCAGGUUAACCCCAAAAGCAGUUGAGAUUGAUGCUGAAGAAAAAAUGAGUUAUCAAAAUUGCAGGGAGGAUUUGAUUUGUAGGUUGAAGAAGUUCAUAUUAAUGAGUAAGAACAACGUUCUGCCUUUGAAAAUUAUUCAAGGUAUGCAAUGGUAUUUAGGGAUUCCCGAUGAUUUUUUGCAAAAACCAGAAGUUAAUCUUGAUGGGUCUUUUAAGUUAGUGAAGAUGGAAGAUGGGUUAGAGGGAUUAUCCGUGGAAUGUGAGGAGAAAUUCAUGUCUGCCAUACAGAAAAACGCCAUUAAAAGAGGGGUUUAUUCUGGUAGAACAAUUGAGUUACUUGAAUUCCCACUCUUCCCUUCAAAGGGUUUAAGGCUGAGGAGGAAGAUUGAGGAUUGGUUAAAGGAGUUUCAAAAGCUUCCUUAUGUAUCUCCUUAUGAAGAUUUUUCCCAUUUAGAUCCAAAUAGUGAUAUAGCAGAGAAAAGAUUGGUGGGAUUUAUCCAUGAAAUGCUUAGUUUGUUUGUUGAGCAUUCAGCAGAAAGGAAGAAGCUUCUAUGCCUUAAAAAGUAUAUGGGUUUGCCUCAGAAAUUUCAUAAGGCAUUUGAGAGACAUCCUCACAUGUUUUACUUGUCUCUGAAGAACAAAACUUGUACUGCCAUUCUUAAAGAGGCUUACUGUGACAAGUCUUCUAUUGAGAGGCACCCCAUAUUGAGAAUCAGACGAAAGUACAUCAAUCUGAUGAAGGAAUCUAUAGUGAUUUUGAAGAAUAGGAGAUUGAGUAAUCAUCUUGUUCAUAGAGAAAACUCGGUGUUGGAUUUUGAUUUGGAUGCUGCUGAUGGAAGAGAAAUUCCCAAGUGUUAAUGGUUGAUUGCCUUUAGGUAUUCCUUCUCUUCAAUCUUUCACUUCCUUGGACAAGUUUACAGAAUCAAAGUUCAUUGUGCUUACUGCUUGUCUUUCUACUCUCUUGUGGAAUGCCAUUACUUUUAACCCUCUUCUAUAUAAUCCAGACUUCGUGUUUCAGUAAGAUCCAUAUAAAACAGUGGAUUUUCGGUCAUCUAAGCUACAUUUAAAUCGAAUAAUGAAGACAGAUGAAGGUGGAGCUUGACGGUUAAACAAAUGCUUAGUUGCUUGAAACUUAAAUUGAGAACAAGACAUGAACUUAAAUUGAUGAACAAUAUGUAAAAACCACCUCAAGAAGCAGCUACCCAAAUGCAGAGUGCCACCCCCAAAGUUUCUCCAUUUGAUGUGAUUGCAACAUAAGAGAAAUUUCAGGAGAAACAUCAAAAUAAAGUUGUACUUGUUAGUGAACAAUGAUGACAUUCACAUUCAAGUCAUAGUAGACCAACCAACGGAAAAGAAUAUCAAAAGAGAUUAUCAGAUGGGAAAGAAGGCAGCAUGCAAACGGGCAAACUGCUCUAAGAAGGGAACGAAGAAGAAGAUGAAGACUGUCCAAUUCUCCUUUCUGCAAACAAAGAACAAGUGUAGCAUGAUGAUGAGUUGCAAGGCAACCACACUAUGAAAGAAAUCCAAAGUUAUUAGUAUAGGGAAGGAUGGCUCACCUCCAGUUGUGAUGAGCUUUUCAACUCGAGAUACGAUAUGUUUACCAUAUGUAUACCUCUUGAGGGAAUUCAAGUGAACCCUGAUUCGAGAGAGAAUCAACUCAAGACUAUGGUCAUCACAUGACUCCAGCACUUUUUGGACAACGUAGUUCCCGAAUGGAUCCUUCAUCAUUGCCUGUAACAUUUCAUUUUAUUCAGAGUAAAUUAUUUGUAUUCUAAAAAAUUUACCAUAUAUGCAUGAAGUUAGUGUUAGUCAUCUUA